CUUCGGGGCGAUGGAACCGGUAGUCCUAAAAUGUUAACUCGCUUCCGAGUUUUGCCUACAAAAACACGUCAUCCCUGAGGUACUCUAUUUGGUACCGAAUGACAAGACACUUUUCGAUACUCGAUAGUAUCGAGGCAAUUCGGUCAGUACCGAAAAAGUAUCGAAUUCGAUACCCAGCCCUACAUAGCAGUUAAAUAAAGAAAGAAAUCUGCAAUCUUUACAUUGCAAAAAAAAAAUAAAAAAUUGCAUAUAUGCUAAAUACUACAUGGCACUGAUAUUGUUGUUAUUGUUUUAAAAAUGCAUAUUAUGUUUUUUUAUUAUUAUUAUUUAUGAUUAUGCACUGACAAAACCAGAAAUAAAGCAUUAAUUAAUAAUCGGUUUACUAUAUAGGUUUAAUGGAACACUUAAAUACAAAAUAUAAUCUGUAUUGGUCAUUCUAAAAAAAUAAAAAAUAAAAAUCUCUCAAUAAUCUUAUAGAUCAAUGCAAAUGUCUAAAAAUCAAUACAUUUACUAGGCUAUAUAAAUAAACCACUGCACACAAAUCAAUUGGUAUUACACUUUUUGUAUUACUGAUUUCCUUGUUUGCACAGAUGGACAUCUUUAGUGUCACAUGUCAUCAAAGAAAUGUCCAUGACAUCACCACUGUAGAUAACCGACUCCUCUCUGUCUUAAUAAGGCGACUGCUGAAGCAAACACUCAUCAUUUAACAUGGAACUGGACAAGGAACGACAGGAGCGCUACUUUAUUGUAGUGAGGAGAAGUAAGAAGGGCUUAUCUCGCGGGGCAGUCGGGCGCGCGGAUGCGGAGACAGCAGCAGGUGAUCUCAUAGGAAUGGUUUAUGGAGGAAGCGGCAGUGCUAGGAGCAGUGGCACGGUGAAGAAAGAGGACACAUACCCACUCUCACGCCAUCAAGCUCAGCUACUUUUGUUCGUUUCUCCUGCCAGCAGACGACUGGAACUCCUGAGCAACGUUCAGCUCUUCAGUGCAAUCUGUGACCUUGCUCAGGAUGAUCUUGUUGUGGUCAAACGCAAGAAGGACUUUCAACCAUGCCUGGUCAAAAAUCUGAUUCAAAUAGGCAAGAAGGACAAACCAGGAGUCUUGCAAAUGCUGGGAUUUGAGCUGGACUUGGUGGACACUGAGCAGGAUAUUUUGUCAAAGAAGACUGUCCCUCUUCCCUUCUUCAGCGCAGCUGACAUUGUCCAGGUGGCUCCGUCACAUUUAAACACCAGCCAGCCGCUGAGAGUCAGCAUUGAUUUGGGUUUGAACAGGAAAGCAGUGUCACGCAUAUAUUCCAUGCCAGCUCUCAACUCACGCAAUGCAAAAAAAGGAAGUACCUUAUCCAACAAGGAUGUGGCCAACUCCAUUCAGGCCAUGUCCCAUUAUUCUUUGGAGGUGGGGUCCAUGGCAGAGGUCAUAUCUUUGAAUGGACUGACUGUGUAUGGGGUGAUCAGAUGGAUUGGAGUUCCAGAUGGAAAGAAACAUUACUGGGCAGGACUUGAGCUGGACACUGAGGUGACGACUUGUUCGGAUGGGACGCUUGGUACAAAACAGUAUUUCACCUGUGAACGAAACAAAGCCUUGUUUGUGCCAUUGACUAACUGCAAACCGGACAGUAGAUUUCUGUUCAUUCCAAAUGAAAAUGAGAAUAAGAAACCACUUGAACCUCCUUCAGUACUCCUGGAAGAUUUGAAUGAAGAUGUUCCCCCUGUUGCUGAGCGAGAUGUUUUGUCUCAUCUGGUGGGCAGAAUGAGGGGAAUCCAAGGUCACUUCAACUCCUGCUAUCUAGAUGCCACUCUCUUUAGUCUCUUCACGUCAUCCAUAGGUUUCAACAGAAUGUUUAACAGAUCAGCAGACAGUGAGGAAGGCAUUUCACACAUUUUAAGACGUGACAUUGUGAACUGUUUACGCAGAUCGGGCUUUGUUCCAGCAGAGAAUGUGAUGAAGUUUCGUAAACAGCUGGGCUGCAAAUCUUUUGCUACAGAGGAGAAAGAUCCAGAGGAGUUCAUCACCUUACUACUAAAGGAUGUUUUACACAUAGAGCCUUUGCUCAAAAUCAGGGCACGUGGAGAGUUGUCACAGGAUGCCUAUACGCAUCAGAUCAUUGUAGAGAAGAAUCAGGUGGGAGCCGUGCCUUCAGUUCAACAGCUGCUUGAGAUGUCUUUAGUAUCAAGUGAUUUGAAGUUUGAAGAGAUUCCAUCUUGCCUUAUAGUUCAGAUGCCACGGUUUGGAAAGAAGUUCAAGAUGUUUCCUAAAAUCAUUCCCUCAACAGAGCUGGACAUCACAGAUGUCUUGCAUUGUUCUCCUCGGGAAUGUUUUCUGUGUGGUCAUGUAGCUGAAUAUGAGUGUGACCAGUGCCUGAUGGACCAUAAGCUCCAGCCAGGCAAAAUUAAGCAGUAUUGCUCUAUCUGCAACACGCAGGUUCACACUCAUCCCUCCCGACAGGAACACACUCCUCACAAACUUACAGUUCAUCUUCCAGAAGAUGCAUCAGUACAGAGGCACCAGAUGCAACUCUUUGCAGUUCUCUGUAUAAACACCAGCCAUUAUGUGUCUUUUGUCAAAUAUGGGCCUGACCCACGGUCCUGGAUCUUCUUUGACAGCAUGGCUGACCGUUGCGGUGAUGAUAACAAUGGCUACAACGUUCCCGUGAUCAGGUCCUGUCCUGAGGUUGGAGACUUCCUUUCCCAGUCUGAGGAGGAGAUCUCCACAGCAGAUCUGAGUCAGUGCAGUGAGCUGGUGCGCAGACUGCUGUGUGAUUCAUACAUGUGUCUGUAUCAGAGAACAGACAAUCAUCAAUGAGCAGAGACAUCUGUGAUAUCUUUGGACUACUGUGUACUCUUGUGCCAUUACAUCAUGAGAGUGGACACAUGAAGGACCCUGAUGUUUUCUUUGCUCUGUUCUUGAUCAAAUUGUUCUUUAUUUAUAAAUAAAACGGCAGUACAUUAAGACAAUUUUAUCAGGUAGAGAUAUACGUUUAUGCACAAUCAACAAUAUAAUAUAAUUUGAUUUGAAAAUUACUACCAGGAUGUCAUAUUUUUGAUUACAUGACUUAGUUUAUUUGUACUUUAUUAGCAUGUUGUAUUUUUAUUGAAAAUUAUUGUAAAGUUGUAGGAUGUUUAUAUUUGUAUUAAACCAUUGUUAUACCAAA